CUUCCCUUAGAAAAGUUUCUAAGCACGCCGCUUUGAAUUAAUUUUUAUUCCCUUAUCAAUAAUUCAAACAAGAUUUCAUCACUCUCAUAUUUGAUAAAUAAUUAUUGUCAAAAUUAUAGAACAUCUUUUUCGCCGAGUGUGUUUAAUUGAUUUAUCAACAUCCAAAAUGUUUUUACUUCAAUCAAGUUUUUUCGUUAACCGGUCUUGCGGGGUUUUCGCGAAACGGACAGUUUCACACAGCUGUUGCUGUAUUCAGUUAAGUGAAGAAUUGAAAAAUGCUUUUGUUAAUAGGCUUCCUGUGGUAGCUCUAGAAUCGACGAUUAUAACACAUGGAAUGCCGUAUCCUCAAAAUGUUGAGUGCGCGCUGCAAGUGGAGGACGUUGUCCGCAAACAGGGUGCCAUACCUGCAACAAUAGCAAUAGUAAAUGGAAAGAUAAAAGUGGGACUAUCAGAAAAAGAUAUAAAUCAACUAGGUGAUACAAAAUCAAGUCAACCUAUAAAAACUUCGAGAAGAGAUUUGGCUUAUGUCCUGAGUAAUAAGAAAAACGGUGGUACCACAGUGUCAGGAACUUUGAUCGUUGCCAAUAAAGUAAAUAUUCCGAUAUUUGCUACUGGAGGUAUUGGUGGCGUUCAUAGAGGUGUAGAAAAUACCUUUGAUAUUUCAGCAGAUUUACUGGAACUUGGCAGAUCCAGUGUAGCUGUUAUUUCUAGCGGAGUUAAAUCAAUUUUAGACAUAUCAAAAACAUUAGAAGUCUUGGAAACCCAAGGAGUAUUUGUAGCAACUUUUGGAUCAUCCAAUGAUUUUCCAGCUUUUUAUGCAAGGAACAGUGGUGUAAAAGUUCCUUACUCUGUUAAGAAUGCAGAAGAAAUUGCCAGAAUCAUUAGCAGCAACAGGGAUAUAAAUACACAAUCUGGUAUGCUCUUCGCAGUUCCAAUUCCUGAGGAAUUUGCUUUUGACUCCGAUGUAAUCAAUAGAGUUAUUGAGGAGGCUCUUCAUGAAGCUAAACUUAACAAUAUACAAGGCAAACUUAUAACACCGUUUUUAUUAUCACAUAUUGCCAAGAUCACGGAAGGAAAAUCUCUUCAAAGCAAUAUUGCAUUGAUAAAAAAUAAUGCAAACGUUGCUGCUGAUAUUGCUGUAGCCUUGGCCAAACUUGGAGAUUCUCAAGGAGAAGAUAAAGCUUCAUCCAUCAGUAGAGAAAACAUCCAACGACGACCCAUUAUUAUUGGUGGUUCCAAUAUGGAUUGCAGUGCUGUCCUUGACACAGAUAACAUACAGGUUAUACCGCUUGCCUCAAAAGUAAUGGAAAUUAGGUUCUUAGGAUAAACCAAGGUGUGAAAG